AUGAAACCCCACCUCACAGUACACCGCUCAGUACCAAACAAGAACUGGGCGCAACACGUAUUUCAUCUCCCGCGAGUGCGGGAACUGAUAUGGAAUGCGGAGCGGAUCGUUGGUCAUCCGUUCAGAGAUUCGCAUCCUAGGGAUAUCACAGCAUUGAUUGUCCAGAUCACGGGCGUUGAGGCGCGUGUACCCUGUGCGAAAUGUCGACGGGGCAAAGGGCCCUUUGCUGGCUGCAUCAUGAUUUCACCCGAUGCACCGUCCGAGGCGAAGUCCAGCAUCCUUAGCUGCUGUGCCAAUUGCUAUUUCACGCACAGCAAGCCAUCCUGCAGUGUUAAGUCGGGCUGGAAGGGUAGAGCGGGCGACAAGAGCGAGUCAAGCUCCUCGCUGGCCCCGCUACCGCCCGUGGCGGAGCCUCGGAGUAAGAUCGUGAAGCUCUUCCUCAAUCGCAAACCUGCUGCGUCAGCGGUGGCCUCGGCUGGUGACGUGCGGACGACCGCAAAGAAAGAAGCGGCUGCCACUGCGACGGACCCAUCUGCGUUCAUCAGCGCAGGCCAGUUUCAGCCCGAGGUCCCGCUGGAGAUGGAAGAGUGGGAGAUUGCGCCCGGACGCAUCCGUGAGGAGGGCGUCGAGCGGGUCAACAACAUCGCCUUCUCCAAGUCUUUCCUCGAAUCCGAUCAGUCCGUGCCGAUCUCCGCCGACGUGACCUUUGAGGUCAAGACGAUCAAAUCUGGCCACUGGCUCGAGUUUGAGGGCGUGGCGACUAAGAUGCGGUAUUGCUCGCUGGCGAGCGGGAAGCUGUAUGUGUCUAUCCAGGGCCAGCCGGACUUCGCCGUCGGGCCAUCUGGACUGUUCAAGAUCAUGCCGGGUCUGAAGUUCUCGGUGCAGAACCGUCUGUACAUUAACUCGGUCCUGCACAUCACCAGUAUGUACUCGGAUAUCUAG